AUGUCAAUGGACAAAGACCAAUCUUAUUUGUGUAGCCAUGCAGAUGAUGACUACAUUGACAUGGAAGUGAUGAGCUCAUCUCAGAAUUUCUUCUUUUACUCCAUUGACUCCCCACCUCAAAGCAAAGAGUUUGAGUUCCAGAUGUCAAUGACUUCCAAUGACAGAGAAACCACAACUUCCCCAGCUGAUGAGCUCUUCUACAAGGGCAAACUCCUCCCUCUACACCUCCCUCCUCGCCUGCAAAUGGUUGAAAAGCUCCUCCAAAACCCCACCACAAAUACUUUUGAACCUUUAAAAGAAAACUGUUCCAUUCCCUUCGUUAAUCCUAGCUGCUCCACCAUCACCACCCCAUUGGAAUCUUUCAAUAUCUCACCUUCAGAAUCGUGGAGGGUUAGCAGUGAACUAAACCCAGAUGAGAAUUUUUUUGAAUUUUCAACUGAAUUCAACAGCUUCAUUGGCUACCAUUCAAUAAAGAAGUCUUGGAUCAAGAAAUUGAAGCAAUCCUCACUGUGCCAAAAACUCAAGGCUUCAAGUGCCUAUCUCAAGUCUUUGUUCAGUAAAUCUGCCUGCACAGAUGAGUCCUGCGCUAAACCAGCACGCAAUAUAGAACCAGAAGAUGCCUCAACAGGCAAAGAUUGUUUAAGCAUGUACAUGAAGGUGGCCAAGAAAAACUCAUUUAGUGAAAUUGAUAAAGAGAAAUGCGAGAUAUCAAAUAUUCUCAAGAAAAGUAUUGAGAGAGAGAUGGCUAGAGAAGGUUUUCACAGCCAAAGGAGAUCCUUCUCAGGGGUGAUUCAACGGCAUUCUGCAAAUAAGCAAUUAUCAUCUUCUUCUGGUUCUUCUUCGGCUUCUUCAUCCUCCUCAUUUUCAUUUAGUUCAACAAAUGGGUUUUGUGAUUUACAAUUGCUCAAGAGAAGUAGCAGUGCGAAUUCAGAGAUAGAGAGUUCAAUUGAAGGAGCCAUUGCCUACUGUAAAAAAUCUCAUCAGCAGCUAAUUCGUUCUAGGAUGACCGCAAUUGAUCAAGUUGGGGUCUUCUCAGUGUCAGCUGCUUCAGGAAUGGUAACAUCUGGUGAUCAAGAAAGGCCUAAAAUCUUCAUAAUAUAAAGGUAAGAGAAUAUUAUUGAUAAAUGGAGAUGGGAUAUGAUUGAUUUCACUCUCAUUUCUGAUAUAGGCAUGCAGUGUAAUUUUCUUGAAGAUUAUUCAGUGGUUUCGUUGUAUAUCAUCUUGAAGCUUUUCUUUUGAAGGUCUUUCUCCAGUGUCCUUGUACUUCGCGCAAAUUAUCAAAGUUAUUUCAGGAAGAUGAAUAAAAAACCUA